CCGUGCACAGGAGUCCUUCUGUGGCUCGACAGUUGGCCUGCUGGCCUUAAGCUCAACACCGAACUCAGCCUAUUUUAUUCGCACAGCUUUAUGGGGCUGAUUUCGCUUUGGAACAGAGCCUUCCAAACCGUCAUACCUCUCCUUCCCAUCAUGAUGGUAUUCAGUACGCUUGAGCUUGGGAGCGCGUUUGGGGUGACGAUGAAACUUGCUAUGGUAUGUGAUAUUGUGUGUAUCUUUAUGGCACAUGUACUACAACUGUGCUAUCUGAUCUUGGUGACUACGGUCACGGUGUAUGGUCAUUUGUUACGCUUGGCAGCGUCACCUUGGAAUCUUUUUCAAGGUGAAUCCGUCCGACGACAUAAUAUGCUAAUGAAUCUGACAGAUCCUUGGGACUACGAUGUUGACCAGCUCCUGCUGGGGACCAUUCUCUUCACACUUGUCGCUUAUCUCUUUCCCACCAUUCUGGUGUACUAUAUCUUAUUCGCCACAGCGAGUCUCAGCGUG